AUGGAGUGCCUGGCUGCAGUAUGCCAAUGGCUCUGCGAAGCCGCUCCGCCUCCAGCGCCAGGGAGGCUCGAGAAGUCCGACGAGGAGGAGUUCGGGCCUUUCCAAAAGGGCGAGGCCUCCGACGCUGUGUCUCUCUCCCCGCCCGGCACUUCGGUACAAUCCAGCCCUUCCAGUAUGCCUUCCCAGCCAGUCCCGUCGCCGGACGCGCCGAGCUCGGCGGCUGUUGCAGAGGAUGCUCCCUUGCCCCGCAAAGCGCCCUGCACGGUGGAUGAUCUUCAGCGGUUCAGUGUCCCUGGGCAGUGGCCAAAGAGCCCUGCCUCAACUGCAGAAGCCGACACGGAUAGUCAGGCCCUCGGCGAGGAAUCGGAGGUGGAAUGCGAGGAGGAGCCAUUGCUGCGCGAUGUGGCUGCUCCCGACACUCAGAUCAUAUUGAACGUGUACGACGUUUCGAACUCGGAGGUCGUGCAAUGGAUCAACGCCUUCUUCGCCUACGAGCAUGCCCCCUUCAAGCUCGCGGGCGUGUUCCACGUGGGCGUGCAGGUGGGCGAUGAGGAGUGGGUUUUCGGAGCCACUCGUCGCGGCACCGGCGUCCGCCGCCACAAGCCUCGUGGUGACGAGCAGCACCACUUCCGGGAAAGCAUCGUGAUGGGCUCAGCGACAGUGCCGGCGCAGGGGCUGGAAGUCAUGUACAAACUCCUCGAAGCCACAUGGCGUGGCCGCAGCUACUCCCCUCUGCAGAACAACUGCGUGCACUUUGCUAGCGAGGUGUGCCGGAUGUUCAAGGUGCCAGAGCCUCCUCGAUGGCUCAACCGAGGCGCGGACCUGUUCUCACUGGCCGGGCAGUCACUGCGCUGGCUGCCGGCGCCACCGCCAAGGUCCCCGUACCUGUGA